GUGAACACUCACUACGAUCUGCCUGUACGCUCUGCUCUACUCUUGAGCUCUGCUGAUCCAACAAAUGAAUGACAGGACACCUCACUCUGAGAAGACACCAACAUUCUGUCCAGGAUUAUAACACUGCUGUGAACGUCAUCAGAUCAGAGCCAUUAAUUGUGUGCUGGGGCUCCACUGGGCUCAGUUGGGCCAGUUGAGUAUGAGGUCCCAUGCCUGCACCGUGACUUUCCUCCAGCCUGUUGCUCUUUACCUCUGUAAGGAUGCCUUUCCCUUAUAUAUUUUUGUAUUGUAUGUCUGUGUGUCUCUAUCUGUGUGUGUUAUAGUGAUGUUACUUUAGUGUGGUGAGCGCAGUGUGAUGCUUCAAAAUAAGAAUAUGUUUAAACUGAAGUGAUGGCAUAGAUAGCAGGGCAGGAGUGAUGGGUUGGUAUGGAGUAAUGGUAAGUUGGUCAGGAGAGGAGAGCAAUGGUAUGGGUGAAAAGGUAUUUCUUUCUGAAUCCAUUCGGAAAUGAAGGAGAGAGGUUUUACGAAGCACUUAUCCUAAUGAAAUACAUGCUGUUCUAUCUUGUUCCGAACAGCGCAGUGUGUGUGUGUUUAUGUGUGUGUGUGCCCUCCCACUCUCGUCUCUCCAGUUGUGGGACAGCUGGAGAAUACUAUCCCACUGAGGUUUGUGCUGAGGAUGAGGGUUAAAUGAUUAAAGGCUAUAUGAAUGUUAUGUUGAGAGAGAGAGAAAUCAUGCAUGUUGUGCUAGGAGACAAGAGCAAGAGAUUCAUGUGUAGAGUGUUGUAUUUACCCCAACCUUCCCCCUGUGGUGAUACUAAUCUUCAUGUUCCUUCUCCACCCUCUCUCAGGGCUAAUGUGUGUGUGUUUGUGUGUGAUGAUGUGGUUGUUUGUUUGUAUGUUUGCCAAUGUGUGUACACAUAUUGAUUAUACACACACACACACACAGACACACACACACAGACACAAACGCGCACACACACACACACACACACACACACACACACACACACACACAAAGACACACACACACGUGAUAUAACUCUGUAAUAUAUAAUGCAGGCUGAUGAACAACCUUGUUCCGAUGCUAAAACCCCAGACGUCAAUAAAAAAAAGAAAAGUAAUCUAUUAACAGCAGUGGAUAACGAAGCUUAUCUAUCUAUUGUAAUUCACAUUGAUAUUCUUCACUCCAUCCCCUCAAUCAGGUCUGGCACCUGUGUGUUGGGCUGCUGCGCUCCCUAGCUCCUGUGGCGUCAUCUACAAGAGCUUUGCUCAGUGUCUCCUCACUCUGGGGGACAGUCUGGGUGACACACAGAAAGAGCAGAGCACACAGGACAUUGACACAGUCUGCAGGUGAGUCUCUCUCUCCCACUCCAACUUCACACCUACUCUGAAUCACUCCAGCUUUUUCUCCUCUCAUAUUCUCCCAUCUCCUCACACACAUAACUGUUGUAAAUGUGAAUCUAACUAAAUCACAUUUUCAGACCAAGUCACUCAUACAGAAUCAGACUGACAUUUCUGUCACCCAACAUGUGCUCCAACACCUGUAAACACACACACACGUCACACUCCCUUACACGUCCCUCAUUCACAACCUUCAGAUUUCCUUAGUUUUCCUUUCAUUUCCUUUCAAAAAACACACUCCCUCACAAACCACACUCAAGUUCUCAUGUUGUCAUAUUUGCCCCCUUGCAGGUCAUGGGACGCGUUCCAUGUGUGUGCGAAUGCGGCACUUGCCGGUUGUCCUGGAGAUGCAGCGGCUGUGUGGGAGUCUCUGAGGCAAGAGUCCAGGAAGACACAGUUUUCUGGAAACCUCUAUGACAUGUGUGCCAGCCGCACCACACUGGCACCCAAUACAGUGCCCGUGCCACCUUCACAGAGCCCACCAACGUCAGACCAGACCAAUCAAGAAACUCUAAAAGGGCACACGCAUCACCUUGGACCCGCCUACACCACGCUUCUGCUCUCAGCAUGCAUCUCUUUACUGCUCCUGCUCAGGAUAUAGCCCUGACCUCCCUCAGACUGCUAUAGGCUCUCUGUGAGUCUUGUGUUUUACUGGACUGAGCAUGUACAGUGGGGAAAAAAAGUAUUU